AAAAAUAAAUGGUGUGUUCGAUUGGACCGGUUUUGUUUCACCCCGCCGCCGUUCCUCCCUCGACUGAAGAAGACCCCUAUGAAAUCAAAAUAGCAACAAAUCCCUCCUUCAGUGUUGGUAUCUGCAAAACCCUCUUCCCAAAACCCUCCCGAAAUCGGAAUCCCUCUUUCCCCCUCUGCAAAACUCCCUUUGGGGUGGAUUGGUUUCUAAAUUAAAGGCCGAUAUUUGUUUUGUUUUGUUUUGGUUGUUGUUUUGAUUCCAUCUCCAUGUUUGGGCACUUUCUUUGAUCAAUUUUUGUGGUUCAGUUACAACUUACAUUUGUUCAGGUUAUCCUUAUUUAUUAUCCUAGGCUUGGAAGCAGAAGGUAAUCUACUCAAAAUUAUGAUAUAGCUCUUUUUAAAAGCUCUUUUUGUGAUCUUCCCUUUAUGUGCAAGCAAGCUCUUGAGGUUUCAAGUUUAGAUUUUAAAUCCCCUUUUAUUAUUUUUAUUAUUAAUUCAGAAGCUUUUUAAAGAUGCAAUGACCUUGGUACGUGAAUGUCUGCAAAUUAAUUUAGUUUCUUAGCAAGAACAUGCAUUGAAAUCAAUUUCCUUAUCUCACUGUGAAUUGCAUUUUAGAGUCUGAGUAUCUAUUCAAAUGGAACUGAUUUCCUUAUGAAUUUUUGGUGUUUUUUUUUUUUUUUUUUUUUUACAUGGCAUUUUAAAAAAAAUUCAUUUUAGUUAUUUUCAAUGGCUAGCUAAAAUAAAGUGUCUUGUUGGAGUGAAUACAUGAAAAGUAAGUAAGCAAGAUAGAGAGUGUGCUUUUGCUAGGAAAAAUGCAAUUGUGUGAAUCAUCUCCUCAAACACUAUGGCUUUCUGUAUCUGUGAAAAAAUAUAUAUGCAAUUGUACACAAGAUGUAUGCGAUAAAUCCACCAUGACAAAACUCAGCAUUCUAAAACAAUUUAUUAUUCAACUUGUUAGGCUCUUGUCUUUGCUGCAGAAGAGAGUCAAAGAAUGUUUAGGCAUUAAAAAAGAUACAAAUUAUCUCACUCUUAUGGCCGUAGACCGACGCAAACGACAUCAAGUCUCGGCAACUCCACCUCCUCGUACCCUCAAUGUGCACAAAUUUGCAGAGUCCAGAGCUGCUGAACUUGAGACUCUUCACUCAAUUGUUUCGAAUCGUGUAAACAAUGAUUUUCGCUGUCAGAGAAACAAAAGGAGAAGAACUACUGGGUUCGACAACCGAGUUGCCAAAAAAAGGCACAGAAAGAGGCAGAAACUUGGAGUGGUUGGGUUGAGCAGUGCUGUGGUUUCAGAGAAAGGUCAGGAGAAGGUUCCUCGUCGUAUUCGUCGGAGAAAUGAACUUAGAAAGAAUCCUGAGACUGGUUAUUGUACUUCUGGAGAUGGGACUAAGCGACUGAGAACACACGUAUGGCAUGCGAAGCGGUUUGCAAUGACAAAGCUGUGGGGUUUCCACCUCCCUCUGGGUUUGCAGGGCAGAGGAAGGGGUUCAAGGGCUCUCUUGAAGAGGUUCAAAGAUGGAGUACUCAUACAUGACGCGAGUUACUAUGGUGCUGUCCAAUUAGAGGGUCCACAGAAUUCAUUAUUGCAGAUGCUAAGCACAGUACUUGUGCCCUCUCAAUCAUCUCAAUCAGAAGAUAUUUACCUUUCUGUGCUAUCUGGUGCUACCUAUGGAAGUGCUAUGCUUCAUCAUGUUGGAGCUCCCGUUUCUGCUGCAGUUGCUCCUGUGACCUAUAUGUGGCGAUCUUUCCACAAUGCCAAUGGAUACAAUGAGCCACAGGAGAUUGAAGGAAGUUCUUUCUUUCGCCAGCUCUGGGUAUGGAUACAUGCUGCAGCUUUCAGUGAAGGAGUUGAUGCUUUGAAACUUGCUUGUCAAAGACAGAUGGAUGACACUGGUGUCUCGAUCAAUUGCAUCUCAGUUGAGGGUAAACUAGCAAAACUGGAAGUUAUGGGAUCAAAGGCAUUUCAUCUUCUUCAAAAGAUACUGCAUCCUGUUACCAGUGUUGACUGGCUGUGCAGUAUUGCAGAAAAUUGUGAGCAACUAGGUAAAUGUUCGGAUAUGGAGGCUGACAUAGAAACUCGUGUUAAGAAGUCUUCUGCAAUUAUUACUCUUACUGUUAGUGAUCCCCGUGCUUUGCCCGAGAAAAAGGUUGAACUUGUUCCUAAAACAACUUCUACUAGUAAGUUGGGUUAUAAUAGAGAAGAUGAUGAAGGUAAAGAAUUCAGUGCCUCAGGCAAGAACACAGAGUUAUUCUCAUCAGCAGCAUUGAAACUACAAGAAGAUAGUGCUCCCUCUGACAGCAUGGAUUUGUGGGAUGCCAGCAAAGGAAUUCUCCCGCCCGUGGAAGAAAAUGUUCUUUGCAUGGAAAAACAUCAGCAACGGCUGGCUUUCUUUUGCCUUGGCAACACAAACUUAGGAAAGCAAAAUGCUUCAACUGGGGAACUACGUUGUAGAUUGUGCCCUAUUAUGCUUUUAAAUCAUAGUAACGAAAAGGGUUCAAUUGUAAGUUGGUCAAUCAUACUACCUUUAAGUUGGGUCAAAGCCUUUUGGGUCCCUCUCAUCUCUGGAGGUGCUUGUGGCAUUGGUUUGAGAGAGAAGCACUGGAUUGCCUGUGAAGUUGGGUUACCGUGUUUUCCUUCAGCUUUUCCAGAUUGUAAUGCCUAUUCUUGCUUUAUGGCAACCAAAGCAGCCGCCUCUGAUGGAAAAAUGGAACUUCGUCCUCCUGCUAUGAGACCAGUCAGGGUUCCCAUACCUCCUCCAUGGGAAAGUGUCAGAUUUGCUUUGGACGAAGAAUCAAUUAGAUUAAAAGACGCUCAACCUAAUUCUGAGGAACCAUGUGCUAUGAUGGUCGAUGAAAAUUCAUUGACAAACUCAGGUUGUGGAAAAAAUAACGUAGUAGCCCCAAACCAUAGUGGGUUUUCAUUUGAGGGGUUUGUAGCAAGGACAUCAAACAUGCUGACUCAUUUUUUGAGUGAAAUCCACGGUGAUCAUUUGCUUUUAUUCCCUGAUAUGAAGAAUAAUAUUGCUAAAUUCAUGAAGGAUAAAAGCAGGCUUAGUCAAUGCCCAAAUGGGACCACCACUCUGAUAAAUAAUGGCCAAAGACUAUGCUUCCUCAGAGUUCUUCUGCAUGCGUACAAAGGUGGUGUUUUUGACGAAGGAGCAGUUGUUUGUGCACCUCAUUACUCUGACAUAAACUUGUGGACAUCCAGAUCGGACAAUAACAAGGAAGAACUUCACAUACCUCAGUCCUUUGUGGCAUCGUGCUUUGAGCAGCAACCUUCUGGUAAAUGGGAGCUCCAAAUACCCAAGGGCGCUGUAGCCAGAGCGUCUCAUAGGUGGCCAAUUGGUUUUGUCACAACUGGAUUUGUCCGAGGAAGCAAGAGGCCAUCAGCAGAGGCUCUGUGUGAGGCAAUCUUACUUGCUCGUCUUAGAGAAGAACAGUGGAAGGAGAUGCCUGUGAAGCAGAGGAGGAAGGAGAUAUAUGUACUUGUUAGGAAUCUGAGAUCUACUGCUUAUAGACUUGCUCUUGCCACCAUUGUCCUUGAACAACAGGAAGAUGAUUUGGUGUUCAUGUAAUCUGCUGUCUACCCUUGUAAUUUUUUAUGAUGUGAUGUGAGAGUGAGACAGGCUGCAAAAUGUUGUGGCAGAAAAAUUUUGUUUUUUAGUUAUUGCCUUUUAUUUAUAUAUAUAUAUACCCAAAUACUAGUGAUUUAGAGUCUCGAAAGAACAUUUAUGUUGAUUUUCCUGUAACAAUUUCUUUCCUUUUAAAUUAUGUCCCACAAAAAAGGGUGUAUUUGAAGUUCUAGAGCUUGAUGGUUUGUUCAUCCGAAGUUCCCAACUUGCCUCAUGUGCCUCGUGUCCAUCGAAUAUUCGUGUAUAAUAUAUAUAGAGGCCAGGGUCUAUAGGUGCUGAGACUCUUCUUCGAAUACCAAAUUUUGGUUGAUGUCUCUGUAUUGUGGACAAGCUACGUAACUUUCUUCUCUGUUCGUUUUUUUUGGAUGAGAAUGAGCUGUUUGUUGGCUA